AUGGUGCGUGCUAUCCGCGGCGUUCUGGUCGAGUGCGACCCGGCAAUCAAGGCCAUUAUUGUCAACAUCGACAGCGAGCGUCACGACUUUAUCAUUGAGGACCUCGACGAGAACCGCCUUGUCAUCAACGAGAACAUGAUGGAGACUCUGAAGCGGAGGUUGGGAGAGCGCCUCAAAGAAACCCAGCAGGAGGAGGAGGCGUCCGACUCGAACUAG